AAUUUUUUUCCUCAGAAUUGUUUAUUAUUAAUUUAUCACUAGAGAGUAGAGAGCUUGGGUUGUGUUGUGUUGGAGCAGAAUUUGAAAGAGUGGGUGAGCUAAAUGAUGCAGAGGUUAAAGGCAACCUUGUUGCAGAGGCGCAACAAUCUUCACGUUCACAGUCUUCGUUUCCUCAACCAAUUCCACACAAGGAAUCUCUGUUCUCUUCCGGACACUAAUAUUACCGAUGAACUUGACAACCAAGUAUUGGUUGAGGGCAAAGCUUGGUCUAGAACAGCAAUUCUGAACAGGCCUUCUGUGCUCAAUUGUCUUAGUACUGCAAUGGGGGCUAGAUUGCAAAAGUUGUAUACAUCUUGGGAAAAUAAUCCAGAUAUUGGUUUUGUGGCAAUGAAGUGGCAGGGCAUUUUGUGCUGGCGGAGAUAUUGUGACACUUUAUCAAUAAAGUAUGGAGGUGCAUCCAGAAUGUUUUGUGAUGGGAAAAUGGAAGAUUGUAAGGAAUUCUUUAGAACGUUAUAUACUUACAUAUACAUUUUAGGUACAUAUUUGAAGCCACAUGUGGCUCUUUUGAAUGGAAUUACUAUGGGUGGUGGGGCUGGAGUUUCAAUCCCUGGGAUGUUUAGGGUUGCAACUGAUAAAACUGUUUUUGCUACUCCUGAAACUCUAAUUGGUUUCCACCCUGAUGCUGGUGCAUCGUUUUUCCUCUCACAUCUACCUGGUCACCUGGGGGAGUACUUGGGUCUCACAGGACAAAAACUUAAUGGAGCAGAAAUGAUUUCUUGUGGGCUUGCUACACACUAUGCGCAUAGCUCAAAGCUUGCAUUAAUUGAAGAACAACUUGGGAAAUUGGAUACUGAUGAUCCUUCUGUCAUUGAAACUUCUUUAGAAAAAUAUAGUGACCUUGUCUAUCUAGAUAAUAUAAGUGUACUUCACAGGAUUGAAAUACUUGAUAAAUGUUUCAGCCAUGACACAGUUGAAGAAAUUAUCGAUGCCUUGGAGAGUGAGACAAGUAAAACAAAUGAUGCAUGGUGCAUUUCCACCCUAAGGAGACUUAAUGAAGCUUCACCAUUAGGCUUGAAGGUUUCUUUGAAAUCUAUACGGGAAGGUAGAUUUCAGACCCUUGAUCAGUGCUUGAUACGUGAGUACCGAAUGUCACUGCAAGGGAUAUCUAAUCAGGUUUCCAAAGAUUUUUGUGAGGGUGUUCGGGCACGAAUGGUAGACAAGGACCUGGCACCAAAGUGGAAUCCUCCGAGCUUGGAACAAGUGUCCAAAGACAUGGUAGAGCACUAUUUUUCACCACUCAGCAAAUCUGAGCCUGAUCUGGAGCUACCCACAGACCUGCGAGAAGCAUUCACAUAGUUAAUCACAUUGCAACAGUUUUGCUUAAUUAAUGGAAGAAGCCAAAGGUAUUUUGGAUGAAUCUGCCUGGAUUGUAGCCUUUCAUCAUUGGCAAUUAUCAAUACAAAGGGGAGAACUAACCCAUUAUUUUGUAGCUUAUUGUUGACCUUGGAAUGAAAGAAAAGUAAAAGAAAUAAAGAAAUAAAUAAAGUUGUAGAUUUUGUUUGGACUA